AUGACCAAGGCACCCCGUUCUCAAUUCAUAGAGCGCCUGUGGGAGUAAGUCCAAAUGCAUUGCUUUUCAGAGUUCUUCACAUCUCGGUCUGCUGAUUUUGUCGCGCCUCGGCGAUCUGCGCUCCACAGCUUGCUCGACAAUCCGCACGACGCUGACUCGCUUCGAUGGAUUAGCAACAGCGCGUUCGAGAUCACCUGCGACGAAGAGCGGGCUCGAGUCGCGCUCUCACCCAAGUGGGAAUUUCGUUCGUAAGUCCUACAUUACCUUUUUCUAUUUCUUUCGCCGCUCGAGGUGGACGUCUACACCUCGCGAUCGCGAUGAAACGCGCCUGCGACCGCGCCAUCAGCGACGACGACCACCACUCGGGCGCACUAGCUCGGCCGCCGCGGUGCCGACUGCUCCGUGGGGAAGAUCCGCCGCGCCAAGCCGAGAGCGAACUCGGUGUUCGAGGGGCCAGGUGGCGACCAUCGCUUCAAUUCAGCCGUGCUUUGUCGAUGACGAGACACACGUCCGGCACGCUGGGCAGUGCUUCACCCUCGGGUCUCAACUCAGUCGCUCCGUGCUGCCACCCUAUCUCGCUUUACAACCUCCGACGCGCCGAAGCGACCUCCGAGCCGAUUUGUGUGCUGCUGCUGACCUGCCGCCGAGUGCCUGCGCUGCCGAACCUUAAUUUUCGAUCUCGCCUCUCUUCUGCGCCGAAUUCGCAAUUUUUAAUGACACCUUGAAUUUGGGUUCGCCAUGCACGCCCCUACAGGCUCAGCAGCUUCAUACGGCAAUUAAGCUAUUACAACUUCACGUGAGUAUCAAUUCUGGCUCAGUCCUCGAUUUGCAACAUGUUUCGUCCACAUCGACCAACGGCAUGCCCGGAGAUGGUGCGUGCAGGGGCAGGCUCGCUUCGGUGCCUUCCGCCGCUGCCGCAAGGCGCGUCCCCGUCCGAGGGCUCCGUAACAUUUCGCUUCAAGUUGAGCAGGCCUGGCCGCUGCCUUAUCGAGGGCAUUGUCCUGUUUGCUCGGGACAGAGCUUUCCUCGUCGAGGUCGAUAUGCGCCGUCUUUGCCUCGGCGACCUGUCGCACUCUGAUGGCUGCUUGGUGCCUUGUACAGGCGCGUCCCGCCGUAAUUAGGGGCUUCAUCCCCAUACCGAGCCGCGUCGCCCUGGUUCCCAGUCGGCUGUGCGGACCCUAUCCUCUAGAAGAAUGUCACUGACCUAUACUUUUGGGUUUUUUUUCUUUUCUUUUCGGGUAUUCGGUGCCCCCUUCACCUUUGUUCUUUCCUUGUUUCCCCUUUUCCCUCCCUCGUUGAGAAGGAGGCUCUCUGACCGCAGGCGAUCGGGGGAGAGGAAAGGCUCGAAUGCAGGCUUCGUUGUGUUCUCGUAAGCCAUCAAGAUGCCCCCCUGUUUUCUGCGAUGCCUCGUCAAUAUCGACUUGGCUAUGGCCUCGCUUCGGCCUGCGGGAUGACUAUGUAGCAUGCGGCGCCUUCGAAGCAUUAGCGACAAGACGCCCCCUCGUCGGGCUUGUUUCAUACGAGAUCAUGAGAUCGCGCGAUCGCUACCAGUCCUAUCGGAUUGACUGACCAGUGUAUCUUUCCUCCCACUCCCCACCGCCCCUAUUUCCACCGCCCAUGCACCCCAACAAUCACCUUUUCAUGGUUCAUGGUCGACGAACAUUCUCUCGACCCUCACGAUAGCCAUCCUUCCGGGUACUUCACUCGGCAGGACAAAUCUCGACUGCAUCUCAUCACUCGCAAGGCGAGGAACCGGCCGGAAAGUCGCAAUUCAACCAGCGCCCAAGGCCAAGGCUCUUCCUCUCAUUCGCCUCCUAGUUCCGGCAAAGCGACCGGAUCAGCGGAUAGAAUGCCGUCUUUCGAAGGCUUUGUGCCGCCCUCAUUCGAGCCGCAGUAUGGAGAAGAGCGACGCGCGUUGCUUCCGUCUUUGCUCACAUCGUCGAUUACCUCGCCCACCAAUCUGAAUCGACCGCUGCGCCUCCCUUCCUACCCGACCGCGCAGCCGGCAGAACCAGCCCAAUACCUGUUCGCCAAGAGCUACACACCAACCAUCGAUGGCGGGCAAAAUCUGUCUUUGCCGACCCAAGGCUCGUCAUCGCAAGGUCGACGUGACGCAUGCUCGGUGUCAACUCCCACCCUGAGAUCCCACAGCGUCAGCGAUCAAAGGUUCGGCGCCAGCAGCCUCCCGUCGCCCACGGAGGGUGACGAAUACGAGGACUGCCUUACAAGCCCUCAGCAGCGCUACAACCUCAGCAUCAGCUUGCCCCGCACGUCUACCUCGUCGACCUCUUCGACGGCCGAGUACCAGUCGCCCUCGGCCUCCGCUUAUCCGACCCCGGCCACAACCUACCCGCCCUAUCAUUCUGGCUCGUCGAGUAUCAGUGGAUCGUUCUCGCACGCCUCAGGUUCAUCGAAUCAAGAUCCUUCACUGUUGUACAAUGACCUGCACACUACGAGGACUCUUCCGUCGGGCCUUGUCGCACCGUUCGAGCAUGCCCAGCCUCCAAAUGGCCUCGCCUGGUCGUCGCCCAUCGCUUCGCCGGUGUACACUUCAUACAUGCCCCAGGGUCCCGAACAAGACCCGCUACAGCACCAACAGCAGCAGCAGCAGCGUCGGCAAUCUCAGCCGACGGAAUACGUAGCCUAUUCGCAACUUGUCCCACCCAAGUCCGGUUCCUUCUUGUACUCGUUGCCGGACGCCCACCAUGCGAACAUGCCCUCGGCAUCAGCUUCGCACCAGCACUACUAUGCACAACCAGUGCCCGAACCCCCUGAAAACACGCAGAGGACGUCGCACACCUAUUCGGCCGAGAAUCGUCGCGGCGGGGAAAUUCUUCAUGAUACCAUCGGUCCCGUGCCCUCGGCUAUGGGUCGGACCGCAACCGUAGACUCGGCGGGCCCCUUUCUUCCGCGCGAAUGCGCGAUGGCUCCUUCGCGCGAAAGCGCUGCAUACGGCAACUGGCCGGUCAAUGCCCAGUUUGUCGGGUCUUCUUAUCAUUAUCCUACCCAGUGA